CCUAACAGCCACGCGCCACAAUCGAUCAAAGAAGAAGUUUUGCUCCAUCGGCUCCGGCACCGAACAGGCUUUUUUGUUGCGGCCUUUUCUUGGAAGCAGAACCACGUUAGCGAGUCGGUGAGGUGCCGCUGCCAGGGGGACGACAACCAGGAACAAAGUCAUGGUGGCCUUCGUGCUGACUCUGUGCUGGACACUUCUCGACGUGGUCACGUGCCAGAUCGCAGUGCACGAAUCAUUCCCCAUGGGUGACUACAUGAAGGGUAAAAGGGCUCGGCUCGAUGACGUCACUAUAUCGGAAUAUGACAUUCCGAAUGUCCCCGAUAUCUCGGACAGAAGAAACUAUCCCAAAGCCGUUUCCCGGCCGUUGCCGUCAACCCCGACGUCCGCUUCCACGACGACGUUAAGCUGGGCAGACGGCAGGGAGGUCAGCGAAGUUCCCGGAGGAACUCCGGGUGUCGGUCCCGGACCCCGGCUCGCCUUCGGUUCGGCCUGCGGCGCGGACAGAGAGUGCGACAUGGCCCUGGGUCUCAGAUGCCUCGGGUCCGGGCUGUCCUCGGCGCGGUGUGCCUGUGGCCAUGCCACACCCGUCUUCGUCCAGGAGAAAGACGGCGGCAGGUGUGUCCGAGCCAAGGCCAUAUACGAGUCGUGUGCGGGCGACACCGAGUGCAACAUCGGGAAUCCUAACAUGCGGUGCGUCGACUUCCUCUGCUACUGCCCGCUGCCCUUCGUGCUGACGGACGCGCAGCACUGUCUCCCGCCACAAGUGCAGCCUGAGGUGCUGGGACCCUCGGGUGUGGUGCCCGCUCUACUCAUCCUGUUUCUGCUCCUGGCGUUCGGCGGAGUCUACGUCUAUCACUGGUGA